AUGUUACAUUUCUGGUCAGCGCUUACACGUGUUUAUAUAUUGCAGGGCUGUAAGGGCGGCAAAUGCUGCAAGUGUACGGUCGACCAUUUAUUUGGACUGCCAAAAAAUAAUGAUUGCGAUUUCUAUCCGGAUCAAGAAAAACUUCUCAACUUCAUAUUGUGCAACUAUCGAAUCGAGAAUCCAUCAUUCAGCUUUGAACAGAGAAUAAUGAUGAUGCGACAUUGCCUCGAAGGAAAACUCAUCGAAAAAAAGAGGCUGCUGAAGCGAAUCAUCAAAUGGAUGUGUUUUAACGAAAAAGGAAGAUUUGACGCCAUCAAGUUCAGAAGAAUUACACUUCCAGUUAUGGCAAUGGUUUUCCAGUUUAUGAAGUCAUACAAGGGCCUUAUGAUGCUCAUCCGCAAAAUUCUAGCUUACGAUCAAUCGAGUGGUCAAAUUCUUUUUGGCACAGCAUUCGCAACUCUUAUAAGAUUCGGAAUCAAAGCAUAUGAGCCAUACGCGAUUACGUUUCACGCACUCGGACCAUCUUAUCGACAAUACUUGCAAAUUAGUUCGCAAUAUUCAAUUUAUACAGUUGAUGCGAAAUUGUUUGAGCCAACAGGAUACAUCGACUUUCGAAAUGAUUUCAAAUCGCUUCUUUCGAGUUUCGACAAACAGUUUCUUGCCAAUUGUAUGAACAAUUACGCUCGAAACUUUGAUCUAAUUUUCAAAGAUGAUUUCUCAUGCGCUUUGCGCGAAUUUUAUGAGGUAGUAUCGGUUGUUGUUUUUAUGAUUUUGCCGCAUUCCGAUAUACUCUACAAAAUGACCAGAGCCAUUUUGAUGAUGUUGGAUGAGGAAAAAAUACAGCAUAAUAAUAUGGAGCAUAUUAAACUUUUUACGGAUCUUCUUCCUCUGUCAAUAACUACCCGUCCUUCCUACAUGAAGCCAGGAAGAGUUCCACUUCUCAUCAAUGAUAUUGUAAGUGUCAUAACAACGGUUUGCAACGGAUCACGAAAGGACUUUCAAAAUGAACUCGCAGUUCUUGAAGCAGUUACACCGCUAAUGAAAUGUCUGGGUAACAUGAGCAAGACUUUGAAAAUUCUUCCUGAAAAAUCGACGGAAAAACGAAGAUUGAUUCCAAAGUGGAUUUUCGACAUUCUAUCUCUGAUCAACCCAGAUCAAAUAUCCCGCAAAGGUGACAACCGCAACAACGGAUAUUAUACACGGCUGGAACUUGGUUACAAUUUGACAUUAAUGGCACGAUAUGAUCUCGCAUUCGAGAAGAACCCCAAUUAUGCUCUUAGAAUGCUCGCUUCGUGCGAUUUGAAUUAUCUGGAGAAGAGCAAAUUUAAUUUCAAGUUGGCAAAGGCCGCUUGGUUCCGUAUGAGACCCUUCUUGAAAUGCGAAACGUUGGAUAUUAUACGAGGAAUCCUUUGGAGACUUCACAGCAGGGACCCAAACGACAGAUCGAGUGAUGUUGAGAGAAUGAUCUGUGUUGAUCUUUGCUCAGAUAAUAAGGAAAUAAGAAAAGAUGCACAAGCCAAAUUCCAAAAAUUGUACCAGAGGGUUCCAAAGUUUCCAAAACGAAAAGAGUUCUCUACUGCGCUUGUCGUGGCUCGAAUUUUUUAG